CUUUAUUUUCUUUCGCAAUGAUAACACCAGAGAAAAUCAAUACCAGAAAAGAAAAAAAAAAAUUCAAAUAAAUUUAAGUGCCUUUAUGGGCGCCUUGCUACGCGUUUACACAUACGCAUACGAACAUGUUUGUCCGUUCUUUCAGUUCCGUCCUUCAAAUUCACAAAAAUCGAUAAACCUAAGGAUUCACAUGUAUGCUUUUGUGCUCAUGACUGCUUAAAAUACUAGAGUAAUUUGAAUAAAAAAAAUACAAGUGUAGCAAAAUUACUUCUCAAAAAGUUUUGUACAAAAGUUGUCUCGAUAAGGUCAACUAAGGUCCCCACAAUUAUCAUACCAUACGUUUACAUCAUCUAAUCUCUUAUGUUACAAUCUACUUGAUAUAAAAUUAAGAGGACGUUGCACCAAACUAAACUAAAUAAAAACAAAAUCAAUAAAAUUAUUGAUAAAAUGUGAAUAAUAAAAAUAACAAACAAAUUAUUGAAUAUUGAUUGCAAUGCAUGGAAUGCAUAACAACAGAAAUAGGAAAGAAAUUAAGAAUAAGAUUGAUGAGUAGUGACAUGAGCAGCAUCAACCAAUCGCCUCAUAAGCUCUCCUCAGAAGAUCCUUGAAUCGGAAAUUAACACUAGACCGAGAUUAUUGGGUUGUCUUUUAGCUGAACAUGGUUUGCAUACUUCACGGAUGUUAUGAUGCCCAUCGGAAAAUGCGAUUUAGCCUUUCGCCUCCACCACCAAAGGCAAUUUUUUCUUCAAACGUAGCAACGAUUACUUACCAAAACGGCAGCUAUUCAAAUUUUUUAUCGUCCUUCGAUAAAGAAGACAACAAUAAGAACAAUAUGAGCUCCCAAAAUAUAGAAGAAGAACAGCAGCAGGAAGAUUGUGUUAACGAUGCACAACAAACAAACGAUGAAGCCGUUUCUGAUUACAUCCAAUGGCUACAUGCAAUGAAGUUGGUAGCACGUCUUCCGGGCGGUAUACCUCCAGAAUUCAGGCGCAAGUUAUGGCUCUCCCUGGCAGAGAAAUAUAUGAAAUCAAAAUCGAUUGAUUGGGCCAAGGAAGAAGAAAAGUGCUUUUGCGAAAAAUGGCGCGAAGAUGACGAAGAACUUGGGGUGCAAAUUGUUAAGGACCUACACCGGACUGGAUCAACUUUAUGCACGGGUCCGGCAGGCGAUACAAAUCAAGCAAAAUUGAAACGCAUACUUUUAGGAUAUGCGCGCUACAAUCCAGAGGUUGGAUACUGUCAGGGAUUUAACAUGCUUGGUGCCCUUAUACUUCAAGUGAUGGAUAAAAAAGAAUCUGAAUCUAUAAAAGUUAUGGUUUAUUUAGUCGAGGGCAUUCUUCCACCUGGUUACUUUUGUGGAUCAAUGGGCGGUCUACAAGCGGAUAUGGCCGUGUUUCGGGAACUGAUGCAAACAAAACUUCCCCGUCUAGCGAAACAUUUGCAAAAGCUACAGGGUCCAAUCGAGAAUGCAUAUGAGCCACCGUUAACUAAUGUUUUUACAAUGCAAUGGUUUCUCACAAUGUUUUGUACCUGUUUGCCUAUGAGCUGCGUGCUACGCGUUUGGGAUUUAGUGCUUAUCGAAGGCAGUGAUAUCCUCCUGCGUACUGCCUUAGUGUUGUGGAGCUUAUUGGAAGAGCGAGUAUUAAGUACACGCAGUGCCGAUGAUUUCUAUGGUAAAAUGGGUUCAUUCUCUAGCGAACUUCUUAAUGGACAUCUCAUUGAUUCGAAUGGUCUCAUUGAAAAAGUUGUGCAACUAGGACCGAUCGCGGAUAUCCAGAAGCUUAGAGAUAAACAUCUUUACAAUAUUACCCCAUUAAUACAUAAGCCAGGAAUACACCUAUACUACGACGAAGAAGAGCCUGACACGGAUGAAGACUCUCGUUUGGCAGUAGCCACGGUGUGGGGUCUCCCGUGGGGUCGAAGAGGCUCUCAAGGGCAGUCAGGAGGCGCAGUAACUGUCCCAAAACAAGUCCUUGAAAGCAAAGAGCGCUUGGCCUUAGAUAUUUCUUUGCUUAAAAAGCAGUAUGACCGUUUGCGUGAACGACAGAAGCAAGCCCACAUCAUUCUAACGACGGCCUGUUCAACAGCGCGUCAAAGUACUACUUCCUCAACAGCUACAGCUCCUGUAAAUCAGCUGUUGCUAGGCCGGCCGGCAAUUGUUACGAAUAAAGGAAGAAGGGCGGGGCCGCCUACUGGCGCCAUACCACCAGCUAGAAAGCCUUCAUUGCCUGCCGUGCUGCAAACUAAGCAACAACCGAGAUCAUCUGAGAAGGAGUUAAAACGAGGUGAAACUGUUCAUUGGCACAACACCGAUGACAAUAAAAGACGUCGUGACAGUUUAACAUGGAAGGAAAUUAAAGCGGAACGUGCUGCAAUGUUAAGCUCUGGAAGUGUAGAUGGUUUACACUCUCGAAAAAUUCGUGGACGUCAUUUAGGUAAAAGCGAUUCCUCUUCAUAUAGCGAAGAAAGUGAUAAUGAUGCUGGAUCCAGUACGGACACUAGCUUGUGUGACGAAAAGGACCAAAGCACAAACAAAAAUCGUACAAAUACCUCCUCUAAAGAAAGUGCAGAAAAUAUUAAUUCAAAAAAUGCACGCAAAACAAAAAAUGCAUCAUCAAAAUUACAAGAACAUUAUUCUGUUAAUGAUGAAGAAAGUACAGAUCGUAAACGCCCGAAAUCCUGGGCGCCAUCAUCAAGCGAGAUUCCAUUUGUCCUGAUGGGUUCGGAUUCUCCAAUCCAGAGUGGCGAUGAAAAGAAUGAUGAUACCGUUAAUAAAAUUUUGUACGAAGAUCUCUUUAAAAAGAAGGACAGUGCUACUGAAUGUGACUGUUUUCGUUUAAAAUCCGACACUGAGCCAGUUUGGCCGGAUAUUAAAUACUCACCCAUAGCUGGAGAUUUGGCUUCUCCUAAUCUAAAGCCUUUACACAGCCAUACAAGUAAUUUAGAUUGCAUUUCAAAGACACCGAACACUGAACAACUGUCACAUACACAUACACAUAAUAUAUCGAGAAGCCUUGCUGUCUCUAAGAUAGGGACCUCGUCAACAUUUGUUGACUCUACAGAGUCUCUGGGCAGUGGAGAUGGAAAUGAAAUUAGAAAAUUUGACGUCAGUGAUGAAGGUGUAACAAAUCAAUACUUCGAACGUGUAAAUAAUGUAGAACGCCCUAAUAAGCUGGAUUUACCAUACUCUCUUAAUGAAGAGGAAUAUGUAGAUUCUUACAAGGAAACAGAAACAAAAACAAGUGCUAAUAUUCAGGGACCCAUUAACCUGCUUGACUUGUCCGCAGAGCAACCCAAAACUUUGGAAGAAUCCCCCCACAAAUUAGAAUUCCUUGAUGAUUACUCAGAAAAAUCGCCGGAAGCUCGAAUUAAAGAAGCAACAAUGGAAUUGAUGGUACAAAUACAGAAGACCCUGUCAACAUCGCAAAUAGAUAACGGAGCAAUGCCGAUAUUACCUGAAAAAAUAAAGGAAGUAAGAGAAUGUAACUCAAAUGAUAAGAGUAAACGCCAUUCAGUCAGUAGCAUUAGUGCCAAAAGAAGAGAUCCGAGGCGAAUGACCUUAACUCGAUCAUCAACAAUUAACGCAGAAGAAAGUUAUAAGCUCCUUCCGAAGCGCUUAAGUAUGCAACUAUCUUAUGACUUUAAACCUGUAACUAGCUACAAUGUUAGCCAAACAAGUCUCUCAACUGAAGCAAGUAAUCUGAUCUCGGAAGGCGAAGAAAAACGGGGGAUUCCGUCAACGGAAGUUCUGGAGGAGCGCUUCCAUCGCAUGGAACGUGAGCUACAAUUAGUAAAAACAGAUCAAAAUCAAUUGUCAAGUUUGCCAACCCAACGACAACCGGAAAAACGCGAAAUAUUUAGAAAUGAAAACAAGAACACUAGCUCCAGUUUACUUGAAAAACAAUAUACGCUUAGCGAUUCUAUCAGUAAAAAGGAUAUCGACUUGCGCAAAAAUAAUGUUGAUGAGACAGGAGAAGAGGAUGUAAAUAAUAGUCGUGGCAAAAAAUGUGACAAAAAUGACUUACUUAAACACAAUAAGGACGCGGAGAGUAUACCUGAAACUGAAAGUAAAAGCGAAAUAACAGAAAAGCAAGGAUCGAAUACGCGGGCGAAACUUAGUAGAAUUCCGUCAACUGCCGAACUGGAAGAUCGUUUCAAUGCUUUAGAACGUGAUAAAAGUAAACAAAAAUAUCAUCCCUCUAAGACGAAGAAAGAGCCGCCCGAUGAUUUAGACGAUAAAAAAACUAAUAAUAAACAAAACAACCCUAUUAAAAACGGCAAAGCUGUUCCCGCUGACGAUGGUAAAAAUGAGGGAAUAAGCGAAACGAAGGAAGAGCUUAAAAAUAGAGACAACAUGAUGAAGAAGAAAUCUCCCCCAUCUACAAAAGAACUUGAGAAACGUUUUGAAGCUUUAGAAAGACGUUUAAGUGUUGCUACUUCAGAAGCAGAAGCCAAUGAAAAUUUUAAAAAAUCAAAUAGUCCAGUAAAAAGCGAAAAGAAAAUUAGCAGUGGCUUAAGCCAAAAGGAACAGUGCACAAAUUCUAGCAGUCAUGUUAACAAAACAAGGAAUGGAGAAAGUAACUCAGCGGAAAAACAUGUACAUUCUGAAAAAAUACAAAAUGAGAAAGAAACAAAACAAAUCGCAGAAGAUGUUAAAAGUAAGCCUUCUAAGAGGAGAUCUUCUCACGGAGGAAGUGAGAAAAAGGAGGCAGAGAAACAGCAAACUGCGAAAGACGAUUCUUCUGAGUGUAAAGAAAAUUUCAACGAAGUCCACGAAUGCGCCGAAGAAAUAAAUGAUAAAUCUGUGACUGAAGACAAUCUGCAACUACACCAAGGUUCAGAAACUCUCGGUAAAGGAGAUAUAGAACACGUAGGCAAUGGGGCGGAAAACAAUAAUUCCGCUAAUAAAAUAAAAAGUGGAAAAAGUGAACAAAGUCCAGAUAAAAAAUUAGCGACAGAAAACAAGAAUAAUGAAGCCACCACCAAUGAAAAUGCACCUGAAAAUAGCCAAAAAAUAGUAAAAACAAACGCAAUUAACAAAAGGGAAUACGAGGAGAAUGAUAAAAGUAAAAUAAGAGAAGCGUUUCAUGAAAAAUGUAACCAAAUCAGUGACGAAUUGUCUCAAAAUUUAAAGACGGAUGAACCUAAACAAAUUAUUUCAUCUGAAGAAAACAUUCAGAAAUCGGACAGUUACCAACGCCGUCAAUCUGAGCCACCGUCUACAGCGGAACUUGAAAAGAGGUAUGAGGCCUUAAAACGAAGAAUGAGUUCGAGACCUAUUGACGAAAAACCAAUUUUAAAAUCGAAAAUAAAGAAAAAUGAAACUCUUACUUCAUCAAACACUAAAUCUCUAUCUUCUGAAAAUAAAGCACCGAACGAAAAUUUGCAAGUAAACAUACACGAACAGCAGUUGGAUGAAGAAUCUAAGGUGAACGCACUUUCUGAGAGCCCUCUCGCAGUUGUACACUCUCCCUCUAGAGAUGAAGAAGAAGAAAUAAACUCAUUAAUCGAAGAAAACGUUGUACCUAAUGCACCCCCUAUGCCCCCCGGGGUAUAUUUGGAUAAAAAUCGAAUAGUAAAUAAAGAGGAUCGGACUCAGCAACGUGCACUUAUAGAAGAGCUUCAAGAAAAAAUUAAAGUCCAAGCGAAUGGAGAGAAUAUCAAACCCAGCGCAAUUAAUCCGAAUCGCAAAUCGCCAGCACAACGUUCACCCUAUCAUGACGAUGAAACCUCGGAAGCACAUGCAACCAGCGCUUUCUACAGAUCGGAAAAUUACGAACCUUGGUCUCCUGUUAACCAAAGAAUGGUUCGUCGUUUCUCCGAUUUACCCUCAAGAGCAGAUCUUGAGAAUCGCUUGCAGUUCCUAGAGCAACAAUUAAGCAAUAAACUACGUAAGAAGCGACGUGCAAGUGAUUCCGAAGUAGCAUCAAAAAGCAAACGGCCAGAAGAAGGACCCGCUACAUCGAAGGGUCAACGUUCUGCUGGGGAUUUAGAAAUGCGUGUUCAAGCGCUCGAAAAACAACUGAGUGAAAACAGCCUAAAAUUAUUAGAAACUAUGAACGCAAAAAUGAAAGAAGCGAUUACUUCAAGUGAUGAUGCACGUACACCAACAAAGUUAAGCACAGAAACUAUUGACGUAACUGGGAAAGAGUUAGUAAAGUAUACGCAUAUAGGAGAAGUGGCUCAAACGGAGAGCCAUAAGCCAAUUAAUAUAAGUAUCAACAUUAAAAUGACUCUUAACAAAAACGAAAAAGAAUCAUCCCCUGAGCAAGAAGCACAACAACAGCAUCACCAAGAUGUUCACGAAAUCCCAUCUACAGAAGAGUUAGAAAGGCGAUUACAAAUUCUAGAGCAACAGAUCAAAGACUCGAAAGCAAAAAACUCAAUCCCAACUGAAAUUAAAGAUGAAUUACAAGCAAAUGAAAAACAAAACUUCGAGGUGUUAGAAAAAAAAGAGACAGAGGAUAUACCUCGAAAGGAAUCAGAACCAAAUGAAAUAGCGGCUGAAAAUAAUGAAACCAAAGCUAAUGAUAAAAAUGCCUUCAAUGAAUCGGACAACAUAGUAGAGCAAACAGUCCUAGAACCUGAACGUGCAGUUGAUGAAUUGGAGGAGAUAAAAAUCGCUAACGAAGAUUGUUCGAUCGAUGAAAAUCAUGGAAAAAGCCAACAAACGAGUGAAGAAGCAAAGGCUGAAACAUUUUCACCUUCUCAAAUGCGAAUAGAAAAGACGACAAGCGAGCUAACAGAACUGCCGCCUAAUGUAAUUGAUGCGACUAAUAUUGAGGAAAUGGAUCCGAACAAAAAGACACUGGUUCUUUUAUUAGAUAAUCAACCAAAAGCAAUGAAAGUGCGACGAUUAACACGAGCGAAUACUGAAGAAUUGGAAGGGUUAUUUCAAGCUCUGGAGAAACAACUCAGCGAACGAAACUUGAUUAAAUCGGAAGACGGGAAAUUGAAGCACGCGGAUGACGCCACCGUUCAAAUAAGUUUAGUUAGGAAAACAGCAGAGACUGAAGCAAUAUCCCAACUAUCGAAAGCAAUUGCUAAAGAAUUUACAAAAGAAGAGAAACUUGCGCCUAAAGAGAUUCCGAAAGAGGAACCGUUCGAUUGGGGUAGAGAUCCUUCAAAGCACCAUUUGAAACGGAAAACUGUUUACUUACCAUCUACCAAAGAGCUCGAGGCUAGAUUCCGAUCGCUUGAGCGACAAAUUAAAUUACUUGAAGACGUGGAAAAAAUCGAUGUUGAACAACGUUUAAAUGAAAUCGAACGAAAAAUCAAGCUGCAAUAUUCUCUAUCUCAUGAAAAAGAUAUAAACAAAUUCUUAGAUUUAUGCGAAGGAAAGGGUGUAAAUGAAGACGAUCAUGAGGAUACAUCGAAUUCAGAUACCAAGUCACUCCAACGCAGAAGUCCAUACACUUCUCCGGCUCGUAAAUCUACUGCAGACAAGAAGAGUCAAACACCAACUCGGCCAAUUAAUACGGACGAUAGAAUUCCAUCUACUGACGAUUUAGAAUUUCGAUUCCGGUCUCUUGAACUGGGAAAAGAAAAAUCGAGAGCGAAUAUGAAAUCAAAGAAUAAAGAGGCGUACAAGAAACAAGCAAUACACCCCUUGGAAAUGUUGCUUGAUCCUAGCCCUGAUGAGAGUAAUAUACCAACAACUGGGGAAUUGGAACAUCGUCUGCGUCUGUUAGAAGAAAGAAAGAACAGUCCGUCCCCUCCUUCGCGAAAAUCUCGUUCUCGGUCCCCUAAACCUUGUAACAUAGAAAGGCAAUUAUCGAAUAGUCCUACUGAACGGGAGCUUCCCAGUACCGAAGAGCUUGAAGCACGUUUGGAAGCUUUAGAACAAGAGCAUACUUUUGACUUCAAAAUGCAGAAAAACUUUAAAGAAUUUAAUCAAAAACUUAAAGAUGCUGUUUCACCAUCGCUUUCAUUUGAGGAAUUCAAAGCUUCCAAGUCUCGAGAAGAGAGUCCAAAGCAUGUGCAGUCGAUUAAAGAAUCAAAAGCAAGCAAUAUAGAUGACGAAACCCGAAUAUCACCUUAUCGAUCAACAAGUCCAAAAGUUAUUCGUUUCAAAGAAGAAGAGGAAUCACGCCUUACUUCUCGGAGCAAGUUUGAGCGCACGAAGACUCUUGCAGAUACCACCGCAGGCAACUCGCUACCUCCGACAGCAUCAUCGUCUGAAGGCCUUAACGCUAAAGGAACACGCUUAAUUAAGGAAACCUCACCUUUACGACGUUCAGGAACACAUACCGGAGUACCUCUUCGAACAGGAGAAAACAUCAAUGACCGCCUCAACUCCAUAAAAAAUACCAUUAAAUGCAUAGAUACCCUCUGCGAGGAAAAGCCGUAUCGGAAAGAAAAAUGUCAACGAUAUAUAGACUCACUGUUCUCGGACUCCACAUACUUUAGCGGUAAGAAGGCUUCCUUGGAGGAUCUUGCUUGUAGUACACGGAAUAGUAGCCGUUCAGCAUCUAAAGACCGCGGACCAUCGAUUCGUAUUAUCGAACAUAGCGAGGCCUUCACACGCUCCACAGGAUCAAUUGAAUCGGUAAGAUCUUCUAGUCCUUUAGGGCUUUCAUACUCACCACAAUAUCGGUCAAAUCGUGACCUACGACGUGACAUUUCACCCAGGCGAAGACGUGAGGAGGAACGCGAAGAAUACGAAAGUAGGGUAAGACGUGAUAAUAUAUUACCAAUUUAUUUUAGUGAUGUUCAUAGUACUUUAAGUCAUAAAAGUCAUAGUUUAACAAAAUUUCAUAAAGUAGAUAGACACCUAAACACAAACAAUACAGAUGUCGAUCCGGAUGAAAGGUUGCGUUCACGAUCGGCUUCCAUAUCACCGUUGAGAUCUCCAUAUAGGUCAAAGGAGAUGGCGGCGAUGAUGGCGCACAACACUACUACUACAAGUCAAUCCACCAACACCUCGGUCUAUACGAAAAAUUGCACCAGCAACAAUAAAUUUUUCGGAAUGGAUAAUAUGACCACUUCUCCCUAUCGCUACUCCCCACACAACCUUACUACUUAUGAAAGCUUAUACACACGCAACUCGAACACGCCCAUUUACUCGCCCGCAAAAUUAGAAAUACGACAUACCACAGUCACAUCCACAUUCUACGAUCGAGUUUUGACCGAAAAACAAAUCGAAAAAACCUUAUCUCGACCGUCAAGUCGAUCGCCCAUAGUAUCGCCUUCAGUACCAUAUAAAAACUAUGCGGAUAUAAUGUCAUCUGAUGUCAAGUCUUCGCCGCUACAUACUAACGUAAAAAAAGACGGCUUGUUACUCCUAACUACCGACUACACACCAAUAAAUAACUAUCAAUUUGAUAAACCACUUACGGUCGCCAAAAUAUCGUCACCUUCGCGCAUACGAACGUUAAACAAGAAAGAUAAUGAUUUAAUUGACCAAAUAUCGGUCAAAUCACCUAAGACUGUUUUAGAUUCCGAUUUGAGGACAAUUACAGCAACAGCUGCUACAUAUUUAUCCUCGGAUAAAAACAUCAGUCAACAUAGCGUGUUCGAUAGGGUCAGUUUCACUAACAAUAAUAAGCUACCAGCGCCCUGUCCAACUACCACAAAUGCAAUUAUUAACGUCUUAACAACAUUACAACAUCCUCCGAGGCAAAAUGAUAUUUUUGGAUUGCCAUCUAUUGCACAAGUACAGGCGUCAUCUUCUUCAAAAUGUGUGUUACAGUCAAUGAAUUCGUAAAAGAAUAACUUUGUUUUAUCUCUAAUGUAAAAGUACGUAUAAUUUAGUUAAUUUAAUUAAUAUUUAAAAGAGUUGACAUUCCGUGUAUUAUUCCUAUUAUUAUGAUUAUUAUUUAUUUACCACCACUGUCUGAGGGGGGUACACUCAGUUUGUUUCUGUCCAUAAUGUAUAUGUUACACCCAAAAGGAGGCUUCAGAGGCCCUAUAAAGUUAAUGUACUCUUGAUUAGAGUGAAAUUCGGAGUGGAUUUCGCUACAUCUGUCCGUCUGGAUGGUGUAUGUUGUUGGUACUCUUCUAGUUGCAUAAAUGUGGAUAUCAACUUUAAAUUUGAUAGAAACCUUGGAACUCUGUUUUUUUAAACAAAAAGUUUUGGAUUUUUGCUCGUUACUCGGAAAUUCUAAAAAUUGGAAGGCCAUGCUCACACAAAGUUCUAACUGAUUAAAUCUUGUUUUUUCCACUUUUUUGAGGUUUUAUGCUUAUUUAUCAUAAGGCAAACAAGACCGACUACCUAAAAAUGAAUAUGAUAGACACCGCAAAUAAUUUUUUCUUAAUAAUACCAACGAUAUGGGUAUCAGGUAAAAGAAGUUGGAGAGAAGAAUGCGAAAAAUAUGGUGGUGGGUAGGCGAGAUUCGGCCCUCGCCGAAUAGAAUUUUCUUAUUUGUUUUAAUUAAGCAAAGAAUCUUAAAACUCUUUAACCGAUAUCUUUAUGAUGUGUAAUGUAAUCGUAUCGAUCAGAAUAAUAAGUCAAAAUUUUUGCAUUCAAUGCAUAAGUACAAUAUUUAUAUUUCACCGAUUUUAAUUUUACCGCUUUUUUUU